AAACAAACAAAUUUGAAAAAACUCAGUUAAUGAAUGAAUGAUGGUGAUGAACACAUAACUGCACGCACUCAAAGAAAUUAUAUCAAGUCAGGGCAAAUAGAAUACGUGAUUUUUACUGUUGAUCAAAUUGUGAUUUUGACUUUUGUUUCGACGUCCAGAUUUUAAAGUUUUUUUUUGUUUUUCCCUCAUUCAAAAUGAGAUUACGAAGAAGAAAAAAUUAUCGAACAUUAGAAGAUGCUUUAUUCGAUCAACGACAACCACCAAGAACUGUGGAUGAAUUUCGUAUGGGUAUUACAUUUGUGGUUAAACUUGUUGGUUGUGGUACUGUUCCACGUCCAAAUUCAAGAAUGGAAAUUGUUUCUGCAAUGCGUCGUAUCCGAUCGGAUUGUCGUUUACGUAAAGAUAAAAAACGUAAAACUAUUCUAACAGUAUCGGAUGAAGGUGUACGAAUAGCAUUAUCAUCGAAUGGUAAAAAUUUCCUUCAACAACAACAAAAACGACAAUCAACGAUAAUGAUGUUGACCAACAACAACAACCGUCGUAAUUCUACCAUAACCACCAAUAAUGCAUUACCAUCAACAACAAACAACAAUCUAAUCAUAACACAUCAUCCAAUACAUAGAAUAUUCUACGUAUCACAUGAUUCAUCUGAUUUACAUAUAUUUUCUUAUAUUGCGCGUGAAGGUAGUAUAUUUAGAUGUUUUGUAUUUAAAGCUGCUAAACAGUCAUUAGCAAUCAAUAUUGUACGUACAAUUGGACAGGCAUUUGAAUUAUGUCAUAAAAUACCAUCACCAUCAUAUGAUAAUAAUCAAUCAAUGAAUGGACAAAUUAUUAUGGAUACAAAUACAAUCAAUGAUGAUAAUCGAUCAUUGAAUCAUCAUCAUCAUCAAAAUCAUCAUCAUCAUAGACCAAAUAGAAUCAAUUAUGAAGAUAUUAAUGGCAAUAUUGAUAACGACAAUAAUGAUGAUAAUGGUAAUGAAUUAAAUGAUGAUGGUGAUAUUGAUCAAUCAUCGAUCAUAAGGAUGAAAAGAAUGGCAAGAUCAAAAUCACCACCACCAUCAAAUUUACGUAAAAAUAGUAAAGAUUUAACAUUCAAUAUGGAACAAAUGAUUAAAGAUGUUGAUUCAAAAUUGGAUAAUCUUUCAAAUAAAAUUGAAUUAAUGGAAAAACAAAUUUCAACAUUAUUAUCAUCAAUGACAAUCAAUAAUAAUGGCGGUGGAUUAUCGUCGACUAUUACUACCCAUCCUAAUUCUUCUACAGCAUCUUCUUCUAGUAUUAAUCCAAGAUCAAUGAUUAUUAAUGAUCGAAAUAAUGAUGACCACAAUCAUCAUCAUCAUCAUCAUAACCAUCAUCGAUCUUAUUAUCGUCGAUCACCAACAGUACGUUUUAGUGAAUCAGCUGAACGUAUGUUUAUACAUAAUAAUCCACGAGCAUCAUCGAUUAUAUCGACUGAUACGGCAAGUGAUACAAAUACAAUUAUUGCAAGUGUUGAUGAUUAUAAUGAUGAUGAUGAUAAAAAUCUUACAAAUAAAAAAAGGCCAAAAUCAAAAACCCUUUAUUCACCUGAUUCAUCAUCAUUAUCUAAUCAACAACAACAAAAACAACAACUUAAUGGUCAUUAUAAUUAUUAUCAACCAAAUAUACCUGGUUCUUGUUUAUUAUUUAAAGAUUUAUAUUAGUGUUACUUUU